AUCGAGCAGAGAGCGGCUGAAGCAGGAGAAGCAGGGCCAACCUGGGCUAACGGCGCUCAACUCAUCUGGACUACCCGGGCUAACUUUAGCUACAUGUGCUGAGGUCGAUCCCGACUGCAACGAUGCCCACGGUUACUUUACCGCCGAAAGAGAACGCCCUCUUCAAGAGGAUUUUGCGAUGUUACGAGCACAAGCAAUACAGAAAUGGGCUCAAGUUCUGCAAACAGAUCCUGUCCAACCCCAAAUUUGCAGAACAUGGAGAGACGCUGGCAAUGAAGGGCUUGACCCUGAACUGUCUGGGGAAGAAAGAGGAGGCCUACGACCUGGUGAGAAGAGGCCUUCGCAACGACCUCAAAAGUCACGUCUGCUGGCAUGUCUACGGUUUACUGCAGCGCUCAGACAAGAAGUACGAUGAGGCCAUCAAGUGUUACCGCAAUGCUUUGAAGUGGGAUAAGGACAACCUGCAGAUCCUUAGAGACCUGUCUCUGCUGCAGAUCCAGAUGAGAGACCUGGAGGGAUACAGGGAGACGAGGUACCAGCUCUUGCAGCUGCGCCCAGCCCAGCGGGCCUCGUGGAUUGGCUACGCCAUCGCCUAUCACCUCCUCGAAGAUUAUGAAAUGGCUGCAAAAAUCAUCGAGGAGUUCAGGAAAACACAGCAGACGUCUCCGGACAAAGUGGACUAUGAAUACAGCGAGCUGCUGUUGUAUCAGAACCAAGUGCUGAGAGAAGCGGGUCUGUACAAGGAGGCCCUCGAUCAUCUGUCCAACUACGAGAAGCAGAUCUGCGACAAACUGGCAGUGGAGGAGACACGAGGAGAGUUGCUGUUAAAGUUGGAGCGUCUCAGCGAAGCAACUGAAGUCUACAGGCGUCUGCAAGAGAGGAACCCGGAGAACUGGUCCUAUUACCACGGGCUGGAGAAAGCCCUAAAACCAAGCAGCGUUGAGGAGAGACUCAAGAUCUAUGAAGAAACCUGGGAGACGUUUCCUAAAGGGCUGGUUCCUCGGAGGCUGCCGCUUAACUUUCUCUCUGGUGAGAAGUUUAGGGAGUGCCUGGAUAGAUACCUGAGGAUGAACUUCAGUAAAGGCUGCCCGCCUGUCUUCACCACGCUCAAAUCUCUGUACAGUGACAAAGAAAAGGUGGCAAUUAUAGAGGAACUCGUGGUCAGCUAUGACACAUCGUUGAAAAGCUGCCGAAUGUUCAGCCAGAAUGAUGAUGGAAAGGAGGAACCUCCAACCACAUUACUCUGGGUGCAGUACUUCCUUGCUCAGCACUACGACAUGAUUGGCCAGCAGACACUGGCUCUAGAACACAUCAACACAGCCAUCGAGAGCACACCCACACUCAUCGAACUCUUCCUUAUCAAAGCAAAGAUUUACAAGCAUGCUGGGAACAUCAGAGAGGCUGCUCAGUGGAUGGACGAGGCUCAGGCUCUGGACACCGCUGACAGAUUCAUCAACUCCAAGUGUGCCAAGUACAUGCUGAAGGCUGGAAUGAUCAAAGAGGCAGAGGAGAUGUGCUCCAAGUUCACACGGGAGGGAGCGUCAGCGGUGGAGAACCUGAACGAGAUGCAGUGCAUGUGGUUCCAGACUGAAUGUGCGCUCGCCUACAAAGCCAUGAAUAAGUUCGGAGAAGCCUUGAAGAAGUGUCACGAGAUUGAGAGGCAUUUUGUGGAGAUCACGGAUGACCAGUUCGACUUUCACACCUACUGCAUGAGGAAGAUGACGCUACGCUCCUAUGUGGACCUCCUGAAGCUGGAGGAUGUUCUCCGGAUGCAUCCUUUCUACUACAAGGCUGCCACCACAGCUAUCCAGAUUUACCUGAGCCUCCAUGACAAUCCCCUGACUGAUGACAGCAAAGAGCUGCAGGCGGACACUGCCAACUUGUCAGACAAAGAGCUCAAGAAACUGAGGAACAAACAGCGAAGAGCCCAGAAGAAGGCCCAGUUGGAGGAAGAGAAGAAGAACGCAGAGAAGGAGAAGCAGCUAAAGAACCAGAAAAAGAAGAAGGAGGAUGAUGAUGAGGAAAUCGGAGGACCCAAAGAGGAGCUCAUUCCUGAGAAACUGGUCAAGGUCGAAAGUCCUCUGGAGGAAGCUGUGAAGUUCCUAACGCCUCUGAAGCACCUGGUUAAAGACAAAAUCGAGACGCACCUGUUGGCCUUUGAGAUUUACUUCAGGAAAGAAAAAUACCUGUUGAUGCUCCAGUCAGUGAAGAGAGCCCUGGCCAUUGAUCCGGACCACCCAUGGCUUCACCAGUGUCUGGUGCGCUUCUUCAAGGGAGUUUCGGAGAGCAAGGAGCUGCCGGAGGUUGUCAGGACGGUCCUGAAGCAGGAGAUUACACGGCUGUUCGGAGACAGCAACGCUAAGAGCUUCAACCAGGCCUACCUCGCCAAGCACUCCAACUCCACACCACACCGCCUGGCUGCUGCUAAGAUGAUGGUGUAUCUGGACUCAUCAACGGAAACAAAAGCAGCAGAACUGGCCGCAUCACUGGAAGAGUCGCUGAACAACAGAACUAUACAAAUCUGCACAGAAGUCCUGGAUUGUCUUCGGAGCGGCUCGCUGGGAGACUGUAAAGACCACGCGGAGUCGUACCGUGCUGAGUGUCACAAGCUUUACCCGUACACGUUAGCUUUCAUGCCCCCCGGCUACGAGGAAAACACCAAGAUCGCGAAUGGAGAUGUUUCCACAGAAACGGAGGAGCUGGCUAACGAGAUGUGAGCGCUGCAAAAGAGCAGCGAAUAAGAAAAGGAAUUGGGCCGAACUAAGAGCCUUGUGGUACGCCGGGCAGCCAUUUUACUUUGUUUUUAUUUUUAUUUUGUUCUUUUUUUAUUUAGAGCCGGACGCAGGAAGCAAGAAGGGGUGUUUGGUCCUCUGGCUCAGCUUAAUCUGGUCUGACCUGGCAUGGUUUGGUUUGGCUCUCUCCCGUGUGGGUGAACUUCAGGACUGUGUGCGUGUUGAGUGCGUAUGUAUUGUCAGUUAGGAGGGGGAAAAAGAGGAAGAUGAUGAAACAAACAUUUUACUUUUUUAACAGUCUGCAACCAAGUUGAACUUGAAAAUCAGUAGUCAUUGCGAAACAGAUGGGCGAAACUGUGACACAAAGACACAGAUUGCUGGUUUUGACUAUGAUGUUGAAUUACAGCCGCUUGAGUUGGACUCGAACAAACACCUACAGCAUACUGUGUUCCCUUAUUUUAAAAAGGAUAUCUAAUUUAUAUGGAAACAGGACACAGCUGUCACUCUGAUGUGGGACUGAGCGGAUCUGAUCUCCGGUCUGUAACAAGCUGAAUAAGAGUCAUUCACUGCGAACAUCCAGCUGCUACAGGCGUAUCUGUAUCUGCUGUAAAACUCACGUCAGUAUCUGUGGAGAGUGGGAGAAAGGCCAGAUUCCCGCGGAGCCACGUGUGGACAGUUUUCCAUCAGAUUGUGCUUCCUUCACCGCUCCAAGUUCAGUUAGGGAACAUGUAACCCUAUCUGUUCUUUUGGAGCACCUUGUAGCACAAAAUAAAAACUGUAAAGUUUGUGUUGCGCUCCAUUUCUAGUACACUGCUACUCUGUUGGGGGAUUUUUCUACAUGGUUAUGACUGAGACGGGCAGACCCAAGCAAUACCAUAGCCACCUCCCUGUUCAUACCAAGGGUCAGUGUAACUCUGAAGGCUAAUCAGGAUUUGAUACAGUUGUGGUUACACUCUUCCUGCAGGCAGAGGCCCGUGUGUAUUAGUUGUCGUUACAGUUAGAAAUGGUUUUAUCUGCAUGUCAGUGCUCUGUUGAAAUGAAAAUUAGCAUUUUAACAUGUCCCUCAGAGGGAACGGUCAGAAAUCAGCAUCGAAGCCUGUUGCAAAGCUGUCAGAAGUGACAUGCCACAGAGCGAGGGAAAAAUGUGAACAUCACAACACAGUUUUACCUCUUCCACUCAGUUUCAUGAACUUCUUUUCUUCCCCUUUUUCCUCUCAUUUGGGUUCUAAUGUGAAAGGUGAAAUCUGAGGUGGUGAUGUAUGAUAUCUCUGGAUUUUUGUAUUAAAAACAAAAGGAAAAAAUACUGA